AUGGACAUUGCAGAUCAUAAAUUGAUUCAUAUCCCCCCAGAUCCCCAGGACCCAGGACCCCCUCAUUCACCAGCAGAAGAACCUCUUGACUUCCAUCUGCUACAGAUCUCUUCCUUUGUAAACCACAGCUGGGCAGACAUCGAGGGCUCAGGCUGGCUAGGUGAGCUGCAGACACAUGGCUGGGACAAGACCUUGAGCACCAUUCGCUUUCUAAGGCCUUGGUCCCAGGGGAACUUCAGCAAGAAGGAGCUGAAGAACCUCCAGACAUUUUUCCAGUUUUACUUUCAUGGCUUCAUCCGGGAAGUGCAAGUUUUUGCCAGCCAGUUUCAGUUUGAAUAUCCCUUUGAACUUCAGAUAUUGUCAGGAUGUAGAAUUCGUGCUGGGGAGACCUCAGAAAGCUUCUUAAAAGGGGCAUAUAAAGGAACAGAUUUCCUAAGUUUCCAAGGGAGUUCCUGGCAGCCAUCUCCAGGAGCAGGGAGUCGGGCCCAGAAUGUCUGUGGGGUGCUCAAUAACUAUAGAGAUGUCAAAGAAAUUGUGCAGAGCCUUCUGAGUGUCACCUGCCCUCGAUUCCUGGCAAGCAUCCUUGAAGCAGGGAAGAUAGAACUAGAGCGGCAAGUGAAGCCAGAAGUAUGGGUGUCCAAAGGUCCUUCUCCUGGUCCUGGCCGUCUGAUGCUGGUGUGCCAUGUCUCUGGUUUCCAUCCAAAGCCUGUGUCAGUAAUGUGGAUGCGGGGGGAUCAGGAGCAACCUGGAACUUGGCAAAGUGGUAUCCUGCCCAAUGCUGAUGAGACCUGGUAUCUUCGUGUAACUUUGGAUGUGGCAAUUGGGGAAGCUACUGGCUUGUAUUGCCGUGUGAAGCACAGCAGUCUAGGAGGACAUGAUAUAAUCAUCCACUGGGAUGGUUACUAUAUGCUCCAGAUGUUGAACUAUUUGACUUUCGUAGUCAUUUUGGGCUCACUGAUUGUCCUUGUGUUUUGGUUUAAAGAGCGGAACUCAAAUGAGAACACCCUUACUUCCCAUGUGUCCCAUCUUGCCAAGGGAGCCAACACCCAGGGUCCGAGGAAUUCAGGAAAUCAGCUCUGCUCAGCUCAAGAAUCAUGGGGCAAGAACAGAUUCUUGAAGAAAUGGAAAGCAAUCCUGAAUCAACUCUACUGA